CCCUUCUAAUAUCCCUUCUGCUGCUAGUGGUGAAAAUUUCCAAGCUCUGCGUGUUCCUCUCUGAAGGGAGAUAGAAGAAGAAGCCUUGCUGGUGAUUGAGUAAAGUUAAUUGUAAACCUGAGAAUCGGAAGAGAAGAUGGAGAUGGAGGAAAUCACCGGCGGUGGCAACAACAGUGAGACUGGGAUCCGAUGGUGGUGGGGUGUAGCCGCCGCUGCUCAAAUGGGUUUGGGUAUGCGUUCCUACGCCAAAGGGUACGCAGGCGAUUCGCGCUUCAUGCCUCUCAAAGCCUUCACCGUUGCCUCCCUCUUCCUCGGCAGCGCCGCCUCCGCCUCCGUCCUCCUCCUCCAAUCAAAUGGAAUCAACGGGGUGGAAGAUCUCAUGGAAGCAGGCGCAAAUUUAAGAGCAAAACUUGGGUUGCCUCCACGUACUCAGAAUAAGUCUUCUAUGAAUUAAAAGUAGCAUAUUUAUUUGCGUAGGAAAAUGGAUGAUUCGUGACAAUAAGCUCAGCCAUGUCUUGUACUGAUAUCUGGUGGUUUGAUUCCUUGGUGGAUACAAAAAUUAUUGUAAACGUUCAUGGGAUGGUGCACGCAAGGGUUGAAGGUUUUAUGUGCAACUUAAGAAUCAUAUUUAUGCAUAAAACUUUCUGACUAGGAUGAAUAGAACAUAUGUACUAACUUGGAGAAUGUGCUAUGAAAGUAGAAAGUAUUAUUGUCGUGUACUUCAUAUGAUUUGGUUCAUUUUAAUAUUUUUAUUAGCAUUUCAUUUGUAUUAUUAAUGCUUUUGUUAUAACUUCUUCCUCAAUACAUAAAUAUCUAUGUCACCGCAUAAA